AUUGCUAUUCAUAUACUGCAAAAUUGUUAGCUAUUUAUCGAAAGCUUUAUUUAUGUAAGCUAUUUAUCGAAAGCGACUCAAUGGCAAGUAUAGAACAUGCAGUGAAAAAGAUGGUGUUUCAUGUGAAAGACUUGCAAAACUCAAUAUAUCAUGCAAGCAUUGUAUUGUGAAGGAAAUUGCAAAGAAUGAAAGUACACCCCUUAAAUGUAAAUGUGGCCAUAUGAUUGAAACAAAAACAAAGUCAUCAAAAAUUUCUAUGAGCUAUUCAAAACUAAAAAGGAGUAAACAAAGGAGCAGAAAAAGCUUAGAUAAAAAGAACCGUCAGUUGUUAGCAAAAUCAAAUGAUUCAACACUUCCUCCUGAGCAAGGUUCUUGGUUGCUAAGAUUGUUUGAAUCCAAACUUUUUAAUAUGUCUAUAGCUAUUUCUUACAUGUUUAACUCAAAAGAAGAAGGAGUGCUAGCAUAUCUUGGAAAUAAACUUUUUAAUUUUGACGACCAUGAGGUUGAUGUGUACUUAGCAGAACUUAUACAUAUGUAUCUUCAUAUGGAAGAAAUAAGUCAAGUGCUUCAUCCAUAUUUGUCUUUGCGAGCCAAAAAUCACACUUUGUUUAGUUUACGCACAGCUUGGUUACUGCAGUCAGAACUGGAUAGUGGAGAAUUAAGUCAAGAAGAGGAAAAAAGAGGUAAUCGACUGUAUCAAGUAAUCACAGAAGAACAAACAAAAGUUCAAAGACCUGAAGUUAUUACAACUACACCUAUUAAAAUACACAAACGUUCAAAAUCAGAUGCAGUUAUUGGCACUCUAGCAGACCGAUCUACAUUUUUUCAAUAUCCAGCUGUAAGUCAUUCAACAGAUAGUAUUGGUAAAGAAACACUUAAACUGGGACUCGCUUUUGGUAAAUGUCCUCAGCAUCUUCUUUCGACUUCACUAAAACCUAGUUAUAUGAGAAUCAAUUCUUAUAAUUCACCAGAGCCUAAACCUCAACAGGAUCUUAGUCAGUGUUGUUGCUGGCAGGUACCUGAAUAUGUAGCUGAACGAGAAUUCAUUGGUGCUUUGCAAUCUAUUGGUCAUCAUUUGAGGUUAUACCCUACAAAACAGCAAAGAGUUCAAAGAUUGUGUGCUGAACUAUCACUUUUAAAUUUGAAUUUGCCAGCCAAAGUGUUUGUGCCGUUUGAUGGUAUUUUUCCGCAUCAUGUUGUAAGGAUUCCCCACAAUGCAGCAGUUGUUUUAAAUUCAAAAGAUAAGGCACCAUAUAUUAUUUAUAUUGAAGUACUUGCAAAAGAUCUUGAUGAAGACCUUCAAAUUCAAGCUCAAUGCCAUGAAAAGUUGUUAGCUGAUCAUUAUAGAUUAAAUGCACUUAAUGAACAACAAUAUCCUAGUUCAGAUAUGGAUGGUUUAGAUCUGCAUCUAAGUAAUGUUUCACCUGAAAGUAGUGAAUCUGAUGGAACCAAUGGAGUGGAAGAUGAUUUUAGUAUUGAAUCUCAAUCUACAACAACAGGAAGUAGUGAAAUGCAAUUAGAAGGAGAUUGUGACUUACUGGAAAAAGAUAUUUAUAUUUCCGCAAUCGAUGUUAGAAAACGCCUCACUGAAUCACUAAGUGCUCCAAAAGCUCUUUUUAUGGUUCGCGAUCCUGAUGACCCUUCUGCUGCUGCUUUAAAAGAGCCUUGGCUUGAAAAGGUUAAUCGAAUACGACAGACUUCUUCAUAUGGUCAUCUACCUAACUGGAGACUUAUACCAGUCAUUGUUAAAACCGGUGAUGAUUUGCGUCAAGAAUGUUUAGCCUAUCAGUUAUUAACACAGUUUCAAAUAAUAUUUGCUUUAGAAAAAGUUCCAUUGUGGAUUCGACCGUAUGCUGUCAUGGCAACUUCUGGUGAUGGUGGUUUAAUUGAACCUAUUGUCAAUGCUGUCUCACUGCACCAAAUCAAAAAACAAAGCAAAAUGUCUUUACUUGAUUAUUUUAUUAAUGAAUUUGGUGAGCCAACAACAGAAGAAUUUCUUACUGCACAACGUAAAUUUGUUGAAAGUUGCGCUGGAUAUUGCUUGGUUUCAUAUAUAAUGCAAGUGAAAGACAGACAUAAUAACAAUAUCUUAGUUGACAGCGAAGGUCAUAUAAUUCACAUUGACUUUGGCUUUAUUUUAUCAAAUUCACCAGGGAAAAAUCUGGGUUUUGAAAGCUCGCCCUUCAAGCUGACUGAUGAGUUUGUAGAGGUCAUGGGUGGAUCGGAUAGCGAUAUGUACAACUAUUUUAAAAUACUUAUAUUGCAAGGGUUUGUUGCAGCCAGAAAAAAUAUGGAUCGUGUUUUACAAAUUGCAGAAAUAAUGAGCACAAGUUCGCAUCUGCCAUGCUUUGCGCAAGGAGUUUCCACUAUUCAAUCAAUGCGAGAUCGAUUUCAUAUGAACUUAACAGAAGAUCAGUUAUCUAGACACGUUUUAAAACUUGUUAAUGACAGCGUGCAGUCACUAACAACUCGACUUUAUGAUAGUUUUCAAUAUUUUACGAACGGAAUAUUAUGAUUAAAUAGACCUUAUAAAUGAAUCAAAUUAUUUAUUUUCUAUCAUGACCAGUGAGUUCUAAAACUGGUAUUGUGUAUAUAUUUCCUUGAUAAUAUAUUUCAUAUUGUCACA